CGUAUGAAUCCGUUAAGCCUUUACCUAUAUAUAAACGGGUCACUCGCCAAAACAUUUAUAACAAGUCCGCUAAAGCCUGUGGGAAGUAGGACCGUUUUAAUAUCCCUAUCUGUAAUAUUUCCCACUCAUUACUCUUGCGAGAUGAGAAUCUAGGAAUUGUACUAGACGCUAAAAUUGUUUUUCCAGCAAUGCCAUGUUAAAAUCAUGGAUCAUACGGAAACCAAGACCACUUUCCUCUUUUCGGUAACACAUGUUUUCCUAUUUUGCCAAUGCAUCUCUUGUUUAGGUGGAUUUGAGCUACACUAUAAUCGUGCAAUGGUACUCGCAUGAUUUUCACAGAUAUCCAAUGGUAACAUGAAACUAGACAUAACAUAGGUUGGAAGAGCUAGGGCAAUGGAUUUUAUCUCUCUCUUUUCUCCCUGUUCACACAUACAAAUCUUUCACAGGGAGAAAAAGUUAUGUCUUUGUUUUGAUGUAAUACAAUGUCUCUGAUCUAAAAAUUCACCUUUUGUUGUAUAAAAGUUCUGAUUUUUAGAUUGAUUUUUUUCUGUUUCGCGAAUGCAAUUUUUUUGGGCUUUCAAAAUAGAUCGGGAUGCUUUUCAAAUCUUAUUUCUUUCUCCGAUCUGUUUUGAACAAUAAAAUUCCAAUUUUAAAUCGGAUUUGUUGAUGAGAGUGGCUCUUUGAGUUCCAAAUCAACUCUGACCGAAUCUCUAAACAACCGGACCCAUGUUUUCUGAUUGGGCAAUAUUGCGUCUUUUUGAUGCGGCAGUCCUUAGUGGGAGGCUUAAAAGUUUCAGACUCAAAGUUAUUGGAAACGGUGGAUGCGGUAAGAUGAUGAAGAUUGUGGAAGGCGAUUGUAGAGACAACUCUAAAAGAUGGUGUUGGAAGAUGAAGCUUCGAAGCUUGCGACAUCUCAAUUCUUAGUGGAUGUGGGUGAUGCGAUUUUAGGCGGAGGAGACGAAAGGGUUUCAAACCGCGGCGUAGAAGCUUUCCGACGCCCGAAAGAGAAGCUUCGGGAAGGAGAAGAUCGGGCUUGGGCAUGAUGGACGUGUGUCAAGGGACCUCCGAAUAGCGUAUGCGAGUAUAAUCAAGUCGGUGAUUAAACAAAUUUGUUUUGUUUUCUUUGUAAAUUCUAAAUGGGCUUUAAAUUUUAUAAACCCAACCCAUCUUGUAAUUGCCCAAUGGGCUUCAUUUCAAUGAAAUGAAAUGUUCACAAAGGAAAAUAAAUAUAAAAAAAAACGAGAAAGAGAAAGAGAGAGAGGCUGCUAUGUGUUCAUGAGUUUUCUUCUUCUUCUUCCCAAAACACACAGAGAGAGCAAAUAAAAGGAACAUUCGGCCUCUUGUCCCCUCUUCCCAUCGCAAAACCCUAAUUUGGCUUCUACAAACCCUAAUUGCGUCAUCAUCCUCUAUUCUAAUCGCUCCCCGUUUUAUCCCUCGAAUUCGUUUUUUUUUUUUGGUUUCUUCCAAAAUUUUCGUUGGUUUCUCCCUCCUUGCCAUUGAGCGAUUUUAUCCAAACAAAUCCAGAUAAUCUGGGUCUGGGUUUCGUUCGCACCCAUCGUGCUGUGUUGAAUCUUAGGGAUUAGGGUGAUUAACAUCGGGAGUGAUGGUCAGAGAUAAUUGCCUUGCCCCCUAGUUGUUAGUUGUUAGGGUGCCAUCACUGUAAAUUCCUGCUAGUCCCAUCGUGCUGUGUUGAAUCUUAGGGAUUAGGGUGAUUAACAUCGGGAGUGAUAGUCGUCAUAUACAGAGACAAUUUCCCCCGGGUGCCAUUUCAUUUCAUGCUAGUCUCUUAUUGAUAGUGAUGAUGAUCUUCUAGCAAUCUGUGGGAGAGAGGAAUCAAUUGUUCGUUGCGAAGAGCAAAAUUGGUUGAUGGAGAAACGUGAACCCUCUUUGGUACCUGAAUGGCUAAGAAGUACAGGGAAUGGUUCUAGUGUUGGGAGUAAAAAUCACAUUCUAUCAUCCUCUGCUCGCUCUGAUUCUUCUUUGUUACUUAAUAACAGCAAGACUAGGAACCCUAGGACCAAAGCCACCGAUGUUGAUUCUCCUCCUUUUCUUGACCGGUCUUGUUCCACCAAUGCCCGGAGGGGCUCUACAAAAAAUGCAUAUAGCAACUUCAAUGUUCAAAGGAGCAAUAGAGAUAAAGAUCGGAGCAGCAGGGAGAGCUACAUAGACUACCCAUGGGACCAUGAUACUUGUUUCCCUUUCGGUACCAUCUUAAAUGAAGUGCAGUUAAGGCGUUCUAAUUCAAUGACAACUAGGAAACAGGACGACCACCCACGGUUUUCUAUGGGUUUCAAAGACGGUAGAAGCAUUUACAACAGAAAUGGUAUGCUUCCUCCUGCAAAGAGCUCUGAGAGGAAUGAAGACGCUGUAAGAAUUUCAUCUCCUUGUCUAAGUCCUGCUGUUGCUGGUAACUCAGGCUUGACUCCUGGGGAACAUUGGACAUCGGCUCUGGCAGAGGUUCCCAUUGUUAUUGACAAGAGUGCUUCUGACCCCGUUGCUGCUAAUGUUGCUACCUUAACGGGACAGACUCGUAACAUGGCUGAAGCAUUGUUGCAGCCUCCUAGAACUAGUACACCUCCCCAGGAAUCUUCAAAGAUACAGAGACUUGAGGACCGAGCUCUUAAGCUAAUACCGGUUCUGCCUUCUACACCAAAGGGCUCAGUUCUGAGUUCUUCUGAUAAAUCCAAGACCAAACCAAUGGCUCGAAGUGGUGAAACUGGUCUUGCUUCGUUUAGAAACACCCACCAGCAAUCCUCUAUUCGGCUAGGUAAUCUCCCUUCUAAUUCUGGUAGUCAGAUCAAGCCUGAUACUACUAAGAAGAUGGUGGUUCUCAAACCUGCCGUCAAAGAAUCUGCAAGUCCACGUCCUACAAACAACAGCCUGGCUGCUGCUGCUGCUAGCCAGAUGAUCGCUGCUCCAUCUGCACCAUCCACUUCUUCUGCGCAAAGUACAAACAAUCCAAGGGAGCUCAAGGGAGCCUCGGUAAACAUGCCAGCAGAAAAGAAGCUUUCCCUGGCUCAAACUCAGAGCAGGAAUGCAUUUUUCAGUACUUUGAAGAAGAAGAAGACAUCUACAAACAUCUCAACUAGCUCUUGCACCAUCUCUAAGGAGCUUGUAGCUAGUGACCCUUCAAGUGUAGAAAGAGAUGACAUGGUCAUGGAAAGGGUCGAGAAAGUUUCUGAGAGGGUUAGCGUUUUUGAAUCGACAGACCUUCCAGAUGAAAAAGAGGCCGAGUUCCUUAAAUCCCUUGGGUGGGACGAAAACAAUACUGAGGUAGAAGCCCUUACAGACGAGGAGAUCAGAGCCUUCUAUGAACAGCACAAGGAGGUGAAGCCAUCACUGUUGCAAACGCUGCCUACCAUUAAAGAGGCAACUGAGGACGCAACUCCCAACUCGUGAUCCGGUUUUGAAGAUAGUUUUCUCAUUUCUCUUUCCUUUUCUUUUCUUUUUAGUUUUAUUACUUGGUGGCGUGGACAAGAAGGUGGGGGAGGCUUCAGUUGCACUUUUGAGUGUUGUUCUACUUCAGAUAAGCUACAAAAUGAGUCUUUGUACAUCUAUUGGUCUGAAGAUAGAGAGAGCUUUUGUUUUGCUAUAGCUUCCUUAGGUUUCUAAUGUUUGAUAUGAUGAGGAAAAGGUCAUAAAACUUUGUUGGUGGUAUAAAGAAAAUUUAAAGGCUUUCGGUUUCUUUCUUAAAAAAUAUUAAUUUCA